AUGGCAGCGGCGGCGGCAGUGACGGUGCUACUUCCACCUAGGAUUCCGACCACCACCAACGUUACCCGCUGCUCUGCUUUGCCUUCUCUGCCUCCACGUGUCACCAACACCAGCACCACCUUGUUCUCACCUUCCCUCAACCACUUUUCAGUGUCCCAAAAAUCUUCUCUGCUUCUUACCAGAGCUUCUUCAGAGGAAUCUUCCGCAGUAGAUGCCAAUGAGUUGUUCACAGAUUUGAAGGAAAAGUGGGAUGCUGUUGAAAACAAGUCUACCGUACUACUUUAUGGUGGUGGGGCUUUAGUUGCCGUUUGGCUAUCUUCUAUUCUUGUCAGCGCAAUCAACUCAGUUCCCUUGCUUCCAAAGAUUAUGGAGUUGGUAGGUCUAGGUUACACUGGAUGGUUUGUCUACCGAUACCUUCUGUUCAAGUCUAGCAGGAAGGAGCUAGCUACAGACAUUGAGGUACUGAAGAAGAAAAUUACUGGAACUGAAUAG